UGACAUAUCAACAAACAUUUCAAUGCAUUAUUUUAUUCGCGCACAGCAUAGGAUAAGGACAGGUCGUCGUGAACUGACAUUAAAUAGCGGUGCAUUUUCCUUCAGGAUAAAUGCAUAUUGAUGUCCCCAUAUAUUGAGCAAUAAUGGGCGCUGGUGCGAGUGAUCUCAAGAGCAUCCAAGACAGCCCGGAGCUUCGGAAAUUUGUUGGCGAAGAUCUCAUCGCUCCGAAUGACCCAUUUUGGAAUCAGUUGCUUGGAUUCAAACUUGCAAGGAAAUUAACGAGAAACGAUGACAAGAAUCUGGAAAGCAACUUGCAAGACCUCUUCAACACAUUUCAGACAAAUAAUCCCAAGACAGGAAAUUUUGCUGCCCUGAUAAAGAUAUUCUCGUUGAAAGUAACCGAUUUGAAGUCAUCUUUGGCCCUGAAAUGCGACGACCUGCGCCGGGAGACGCUGGCAGCUGCGCAGCUGGUCCGCCAGCUGUGCCAGCGGCUGGUCUCCUGUUCGGACGAGGAGCAGCUGGUGCGCCAGUGUCGUGCGCUGCCGCUGCCCGACGGGGUGCCGCCGCCGGCCGGAUCCGACCCGCUGCUGCUGCUGAUCGGCACACUGACCGACAUGACCAUCACACUGCCGCUACAGGAAAAUACGUACUUCAUUCACCUGGAGGCUCUGAACACCCUGCUGAUUCUACUUGGCUGUCAGAUGUACACUACCAAACCAGCUCAUGAGCUGCCCGUCUACAGGCUGCUGCUGUCGGCCCAGCCGGCCGCCGACGCGGGCCCCUUCGUCAAGACCCUGCUGCGGCGUGUGUCGGCUAGAGACCGGGCCCCGGACUGGUCGACUGCGGACGGCCCGGACGGCGGCGGCAGCUUCACCCUCGGACUCGCUGGCGGUCUGUGGAGCGCGCUGACGCUCGGAUACAGCAGCCUCACGGCCGGCGGCGCUGAGGAGACCGCCGACCACUGGCCGCCGGUAGCCGCCCAGAGUCUGCUGCUGCUGCUGGUGCUGGGGAACCACUGCACGGACCGGCGCAGCCCGCUCGACAACCCGCACCGCAGAGCCAUGUUCGAGAUGGCCAACUUUCACGACCCUGCGGAGCCGCAGCUGAUGGUGCGGCCCCACUCGUUCCGGGUUGACUUUGGCCGGCUGCUGAACGCGCUGUGUGACCUCCCGCCGAGUGAACCGGCCUCUCUGCUGCUCUAUCUGCUGCUGCACAAGAGCGCCGCCUUCCGCACCUACGUGCUGUCGAGGACAGACGUUGAUACGCCGGUAAUGCCGACGCUACUGACGCUGUACCGUGUGGCUGACAACAGCAGCAGCAGCCACCAGCUGUACAUGUCGCUGAUCGUGCUGCUCAUCCUCACCGAGGACCCGCUCUUCAACCGCAGCGUGCACGACACGCUGGUCAAGUCUGCUCCGUGGUUCACGGAGCGUUCGGUGACGGACAUCUCCGUGGGCGGGCUGAUCGUCCUGGUGCUGGUCCGAGCCAUUCAGUUCAACAUGAAUAACACGCGGGACAAGUACCUGCACACCAACUGUCUGGCGGCGCUGGCCAACAUGUCGGCCGAGUUCCGCCAGCUGCACCCGUUCGUCUGCCAGCGGCUGGUGUCGCUGUUGGAGCAGCUGUCGCGCCGCCACAGCCGGCAGCUGCAGCUGCUGCAGGCGCAGCCGCCGCCCGACGGCGUCUCACUGCAGGACGUGACGGUGCUGGAGGACGUGGUGAAGAUGCUGCUGGAGAUCAUCAACUCGUGUCUGACGGCGCAGCUGGCGCACAACCCGAACCUGGUGUACGCCCUGCUGUACAAACGGGAGGCAAUUCAGGCCUGUCUCAGCCACACCGGCUUCCAGGACAUAUCGCGCAACAUCGAGACGGUGCUGGCCCACUUUCACGAGAAGGUGGCCAGCCUGCCCAAGGAGCCGGGCGUGAAGGAGGUGCUGGCCGUCAUCCAGGAGGGCGUCAGGAUGUUCCCCAUGGAGCGGCUGCGGAAAUUUCCGGAGCUCAAGUUCAAGUACGUGGAGGAGUCGGACCCGGAGGCGUUCUUCAUCCCUCACGUUUGGUCGGUGGUGUUUUCCGGCUCCGAGCUGCACUGGCGGGCGGACACCGUGUGUCAGUUCGACCCGCUGCAGCCCGGCGCAGUCUCCUGAGCUGUGGUACGUAACGAUCAUGGGGUGGACUGUGCGGGACAGCUGCCGCGGCCGGGUGAAGUCUACUGAACUGUGGUACGUACCGCUGAUGGUUAGAGACAGUGCGGGGCAGCUGCGGUGGCCGUGUGUCACACCCGUCCCCAUAAUGGGCUGAGCAGUGAGCUGGUCGCCGGUGCCGUCCACAGGGAGUUACCCAAGGACCCGAGACUGAGAGGCGUGUCGAGAGGAACGCGAGUCAUCGGCGUGGUAUUUAUUGCGAUGGCUUGUUGAAUUGAAAUGCUGCGCAUUAUAGGUGGGUUACCACACAGCUGAAGUGCGGUGAGGAUUUAGAGGAGCGGGAGCCUCACGUUGACGUUUGUACUUCACAUUGCGACAUGAGCGAGCGACAUUGUUUACACUGCUAUUUGCGCUAUGGUGAGCCGCGAUACGCUGCGUAGGUACCAUACCAGCUAAUGCAUUGCUAUACAAAGUAUCUUUAGUGUCAUAUCUAGAUUAGAUUUCUUCCGGUGCGGGCUACUGUCGAUACUUUACUGCCUUACGUCAGUAUUUAUAAUUUUAGCACCCUAGUGGGUCACCACUCAGUUAGGUGUAAGUCCCUUUCUGGGCAUUCGGGUGUCGCGACCUGGGACGCCUUGUGACACGCUCUGCAGCUGGUGUUAUUCGGUAAAUCGGAGCUCCUUUUGUGCCGGUAGAUAAGUUGGUGGCCAGUCCGCUUACUGUCGCUAAUUUCAACCAUGAGUCGUGUUUGUUUGUUUUCGAUAAGUUUUGUUGCGUUGUUUGUUACACAUUCUAUUUAUUAGCGUAUUGUGUCGAGUCGACACUCGCUUCUGUUAUCCAGAUUGACUGGCUUUUUGUUAUCUAGACUGGCUAGUGGUUACAUAAGUAUAUGCAAACGCAUACUUUUAAUCGCAGUUCAUGGAAUUGUAGCAUAUGCAAGGGGUGCUGCAAUGCGUUACCUUCAUGGACGGUGUUUAGUAAUUAACGUGCUGUGAUUAUUGAACGGUUAUUACGGAUUGCUUGGUUUCCCAAUCGUCUGGGCAGGCUGUUACGCAUAUGCAAUGGAACUGCUUGCAAAGUGUGAAUACAAGCGUAGAAGCCAAA